AUGUCUAGCUCUGCAAAAGCUUUGGAUCCUGCAUUUCAGGGAGUGGGCCAGAGAACUGGGACUGAAAUUUGGCGAAUCGAGAAUUUUCAGCCAGUUCCGCUGCCAAAAUCUGAUCAUGGAAAAUUCUACAUGGGGGAUUCAUACAUUGUUUUGCAGACAACCCCUGGCAAGGGAGGUGCUUAUCUGUAUGAUAUCCACUUCUGGAUUGGAAAAGACACAAGUCAGGAUGAAGCUGGAACAGCAGCUAUCAAAACUGUUGAACUGGAUGCCGUUAUUGGAGGGCGGGGUGUUGCAACUGGGUUUAAAAAAGCUGAGGAGGAAGAAUUUGAAACGCGAUUGUAUAUAUGUAAAGGGAAACGUGUUGUCAGAAUGAAGCAGGUUCCUUUCGCCCGGUCAUCAUUAAAUCAUGAUGAUGUGUUUAUCUUGGAUACCAAGGCUAAGAUCUAUCAAUUCAAUGGUGCAAACUCUAAUAUCCAGGAAAGAGCCAAGGCUUUGGAAGUGAUUCAGUUUUUGAAAGAGAAGUAUCAUGAAGGAACAUGCGAUGUUGCAAUUGUCGAUGAUGGGAAGUUAGACACGGAGUCAGACUCUGGUGAAUUCUGGGUCCUGUUUGGUGGUUUUGCUCCAAUUGGCAAAAAGGUUGCCAGCGAAGAUGACAUCAUCCCAGAGACAACUCCAGCCAAACUUUAUAGCAUUACUGAUGGUGAGGUGGAGAUUGUAGAAGGAGAGCUGUCUAAAGGACUGUUAGAAAACAACAAAUGCUAUCUCCUUGACUGUGGUGCUGAGGUAUUUCUUUGGGUUGGCCGUGUAACACAAGUGGAGGAGAGAAAGGCUGCCAGUCAGGCUGCUGAGGAAUUUGUUUUGAGCCAAAACAGGCCAAAAGCUACUCGUGUAACCCGACUGAUUCAAGGUUAUGAGACUCAUUCAUUCAAGUCAAACUUUGAUUCUUGGCCUGCUGGAUCUGCUGCUCCUGGUGCUGAAGAGGGAAGAGGGAAAGUAGCAGCUUUGCUGAAGCAACAAGGUGUUGGUCUCAAGGGUUUGACAAAAAGUGCUCCUGUAAAUGAGGAAGUACCACCUUUGCUUGAAGGAGGUGGAAAGAUGGAGGUAUGGUGCAUCAACGGCAGUGCAAAGACUCCAUUGCCAAAGGAGGAUGAGGACCAGAAGAUGGCUGCUCGGCUGGCUAAUACAAUGUCCAACUCAUUAAAGGGCAGACCUGUACAGGGUCGUAUUUUUCAAGGUAAGGAGCCUCCACAAUUUGUCUCACUUUUUCAGCCUAUGGUGAUCCUCAAGGGUGGUCUGAGCUCUGGUUACAAGAAAUUUAUAGCAGAGAAAGAAUCGCCAGAUGAAACAUACACUGCAGAUUCUGUUGCACUCUUUCGGAUAUCUGGAACUUCUGUUCAUAACAAUAAGGCAGUGCAAGUUGAUGCAGUGGCAACGUCAUUGAACUCUGCAGAGUGCUUCCUUCUGCAAUCUGGCUCAUCAAUUUUCACCUGGCAUGGGAAUCAAAGCACCUUUGAGCAGCAGCAGUUAGCUGCAAAAAUUGCUGAAUUUUUUAAGCCAGGAGUUGCUUUGAAACAUGCUAAAGAAGGAACUGAAAGCUCAACUUUCUGGUUUGCCCUUGGAGGCAAACAAAGUUACACCAGCAAAAAGUUUCUCCAGAAGUUGUCAGAGAUCCGCACUUGGAAAUUUCAGGUUGAGGAAGUUUACAACUUCUGUCAAGAUGACUUGUUGACUGAGGAUAUCUUGAUUCUUGAUACCCACGCAGAAGUGUUUGUUUGGGUUGGCCAGUCUGUAGACCCCAAAGAAAAGCAAAAUGUUUUUGACAUUGGCCAGAAAUACAUUGAGAUGGCUGUAUCUCUGGAUGGUUUGUCUCCAAAUGUACCACUGUAUAAAGUUACUGAAGGAAAUGAACCAUCAUUCUUCACAUCAUACUUUUCGUGGGAUCCCACAAAAGCCACUGAAGCUUGUGGGAAAGUUAGUGUCCUAGACAAGCCAAUGGGUUCAAGGAAACUCGUUCCAAAAGAAGGCUGCGUUACUCUUUGGUUUAGGACAUCAUGUUGUGGAGGAGACUGCCCAUCAGCAUUUGCAUUCCAAGCUGAUAAGUCAAAUGGAAAUCAAGGAGGACCAACCCAACGGGCUUCAGCUUUAGCUGCCUUAUCUUCUGCAUUUAAUCCAUCUUCUGAGAAGUCAUCGCAUCUGGAUAGGUCCAACGGAUCAAAUCAAGGAGGACCAACACAGAGAGCUUCAGCUUUAGCUGCCUUAUCCUCUGCAUUCAAUUCAUCCCCGGGGUCGAAAACUACUGCUACAAGGUCAUCUGGGAUCGGUCAGGGAUCGCAAAGAGCUGCAGCUGUUGCUGCUCUUUCAUCAGUUCUCACUGCUGAAAAGAAAACACCCGAAACCUCUCCUUCUCGUAGUCCUCACUCAGAAACUAACCUUCCUGCUGAAGGGAAAAGUGAAACGCUAUCUGAAGCAGAGGGUUCUGAAGGAGUUGCAGAAGUCAAGGAAAUGGAAGAAAUUGCAUAUGUUCCUGAAAGCAAUGGGGAGGAUUCAGAAAGAAAGCAAGAUACAGAGCAGGAGGAGACUGAUGAUGGGAAUACUCAAAGUACAUUCAGUUAUGAUCAACUGAAGGCUCACUCUGACAAUCCUGUAAAGGGAAUUGAUUUUAAGCGGAGAGAGGCUUAUUUAUCGGAUGAGGAGUUCGAAACUGUUUUUGGGGUGACAAAAGAAGCAUUUUAUAAAAUGCCAAAAUGGAAGCAGGACAUGCAGAAGAAGAAAUUCGAUCUAUUCUAG